UGAGGUUUGGGGGUUUCAACGCAUGGAAAGCCUGCCGAGCCAGAAUCCGUAGUAAACCGUCCUCAGUCUGAUAAUCCAUUACACUCAUUCGGUGCGAAUACCAAGCGGUGCAGAUAAUCUUGCAGUCACUACUCUCUUUAAUUGCCUCACUUCAUCCAUUCCUCAUUGUCAAACCGAAACACAUAAACGAUUUGGCGCUUUCGCUCUCAUUCCCAGUAUCAAGCAGGACUAAUCUGGUCCGACGUUGAAGCGUGACACGUAUCCAAAUUCGAUCGCUUUUUAUCGGUAUUCUCGCACUGUUUCACUUGGAGAGCAGUAACAUAGAAAAUAUCCACAAAAAUGAGUACGGCCACUGAUCCGGGUCCUUCCUACUUAAGACAGUCCAUCGUGUUGCACGAUUUAGUCUUGAAAGCAAGGAAUAUCAAUCCCCCGAAAUUCCUUCCGACCGUGCUUCGGAUCACACUUAGCCUUGAAUAUGUUGCGGCGAUAUUAUAUAUCGCAAGCGCCGUGCCAGUAAUCAGAAAAGAAGGUUUUUGGCUUUUUAAAGCGGAAGCAAACGGAAUGGUCAGACCAAACAUUCGCAUAAUAAUACCCAUUUGCGUGGUUCUUUACGUUAUUUGCGAUACAUCAACAUUAUUUUUACUUCUGAAUGAUUUGAAAUCAAAUGCUCUGGUUUCGACAGCCACUUGUGGCCUGGGCUUGAUGACAUACCCCAUUUUACUCUUUAUGGGAUGGACAAAGAUAUGGAAUGUCCUUCGAGCUGUCCCACUCACAAAGUAUGGACUGACAACAGCGAGACAAGCAAAUGGAGACUUUAAUGCGACGUACUUCAGGCCCAAGACCAUCAAUCUUCUUUCGGCUGUUUUUUACGGGUUUCCUCUGAUUUACGGCGGCGCUCCCAUCUGUCUGGUAAUAAAACAUUUGUGGGAAAUUAACUCAACGUUCGAUAAAUACAAUCGCAACUACUUAGCCAUCAUCAGUGGCGAGAUCGACAGCAAUUCGAUACUCAGAUUGAACCUCGAAGCUGUAGACCAGACGACCUACAUGCUUCAAAGAAGCAACGAAGUCGUAUUCCUUUCCCGUUUGAUCGCUUUCGGAUUCCUCUCUUAUGUUAUCAUAUCAUUUUUUAUGAUGUGGUUUGGCUACAUCCGCAUCUUGCAGGCGGUUAAAUAUCAAAUUGAAAUCCUUCGGCAGUCGUAUGAACAACGCAUUCCAUUUGCCAUCGGUAAUGAGGCGAUAGAGCCCGCUUCGAGUAUCCGAUCGAUGUCUAUGUCUCACAGCUACGAUGCGUCCCCCUGUGACUCCACACGACAGAAAAAAAACAGAUGGAUCUCGACGAGGCUUCCCAGUUGGCUUCCCAAUUUGCGCCAAACCCCAGAUUUCAUUGAAAAGCCCCGCCGAGUUCCCAGUCCGACAGAUUCCCGUCAGCUUGGUUUGCACGAAUGGGAAAGUGCCAAUCGAGCAUUACUCGGGUUUCAGUUGAGGGCUCUAAGACGACAUGAAGUAAAUCUGAUAUGGCAGGCGUGUUGUAAUGCAUUGGCAAUGUUUGCUUUCUCGGGCAUGAAUAUCACAGUUUGCUUCAACCUGUUACGGGUACCUACUCAUCAUUCAGCUUCGGACUUAGUAUGGUUUACCAUCACUUGGGCGAGCGUUUCUUGGGUAUGGACGAUUGGAAUACCGAUGGGCUUGGCACUUUUUAUCGUUUCUCGAUCUCCCCCAGUCACAGCUCUACGAGAAAGCGCGGAACGCUCCGGAGAAGAAGAAUGGUGAUAGGGCAAACCUACCGGCCAACAAAUUGGCAUUAAGAUUAUGAUCCCGGCGCAGUAGUUAUAUCCACAAAUGGGCCAGCGAAAAAGGUAGAAAAACUCCUCUACACAUUUUUCAACUCCACCUAGGAUCAACUUUUACAAGCUUUUCUGAAUAUAGGGAGCAGUGGCGUUGGUUCGAUUCAUAAUCUUCGUUCUGCCCACCAGCUUUCUCAUGAGCUUGUAUGAUCACGGUCAAGCAAAAUUGUACCUCUGUUGCAAUAGAACCCAAUUAGCACCCAAGCACCA